GGCCCAUGAAAGAGAUUCUCAAACCCACUACCCGGCCCAUAAAGCAAGUUUUUUCCGAAAAAAAUAACAUUAAGAAUGACGCCAUUUUAAUCCCAGUUUAAAAUCCGAGAAGCCGAGCAAUGAGUACCUCCUCCACUGAAUUCAAAUAAAAGACGGCCAGUCCACGGCGGAGUAUCAGUUUCCAAACCGAGCGGAGUUGCUGUGAUCACCGUCAUAAAAUAAAAAAGAUAGACAGACAGAUGCUCUUGGUUAGUUGAAAGAAGGAAGAAAAGAUAAUGUCUUCAGGGUUUGGAAAGAAAGCAGGACCAACCCAAUCUUCAUUAUCCGAAUCUCCUUUUGGUCCUCCUCAGCCUCCUUUUCCCCAUUUUCCUCCCAGGGUUUCGGAAGCUGUGCGGUCACCGCCGAUAACUUAUCAAGACCCUUUUCUUGCUACCACUCCUUACCAAUCAACCGGGAUCCUCAGGAGGCCGGAAGCUGUUGAAAGAUCACGGUCGCCUCCAUCCCGUCCGACUACAACCCCUUCUCACCCAUCCAGUGAGCCCUCGUUCAAUCAGUUUCCUCCUUCUAGAUGGGUCAAUGAGCAAGGAUCCUUGUUUAAUGAUGCUUCUGCAGUCGCGUCACUUGUUGCUUCACGUAAUUCUGGAACUAGUGUAACUGCUAAAGGUGCUAGAUUUCAGGACCUGAAGAGGGCCAGAUCACCUCCGCCACAUUCUAUUGAUGAAGGCAUUGCGAGAAAUCCCACUCAAAAUUUCAUUCCAAGCCCUUCAGAUUUUCAUGCUGGCAGUGGGAAUCACUCGGUACCACCAAGAACAAGAUCACCUCCUUUGGCUUUUGAAAGCAAUAAAACAGCUAAGCAUGCUAGUCGUCCUUUUGGCCAAGGCCAACAGCCUACUUUGCCUCCAUCUGCAUGGGAUGAUCAGCCCAAGUUGCCAGGAAAUUACCCUGACUUGCUGGCUCACCAAGACCCGUCAACCCUAUCUUAUGCAGGCUCUCACGAUUCUAUCCAUGCCUCAAAGAGAACUAGGUCACCGCCUGUUUUACCAGCUACUGAAGUUCCACAUAAUAACAAUCUUCCUGUUCAAAAGGAAUAUAAAAGGACUUCUGUGUCUCCUCCUAGGUUAGGUAGUAGGUCAAAUGCUAUUUUCAGCACCUCAAAUUCUCAAAUUCCUCAAAGGAAUUUUCCGUCUGUAAAUGCUACUGUUGAUGCCGCUCCCACCAAGACCACCAGCUUUGCUAUGUCAAAAAGAACAAGAUCAUCACCCUUCCCUUUAGCUGAUAAAGUCUCUCUGGAAAACUCAUAUUCCACCCAAGAUGAUGCAGAAAGAGAGAUACAAGCAAAGGCAAAGCGGUUAGCUCGAUUCAAGGCAGAAUUAAGUGAUGAUUUUGAAAAUAGCCGAGAUGCUGCUGACCAGAAGAUUUCUGCAAGUGGACGUGAGCAGGCUGUCAUUGGAAGGCAAAAUUUUUAUGGUGGUCACUCUAUUGAAUCAGCAGGGGAUUUAAGCAACAGCAAUAUUUCACCAGAGUUUGAUGGGUCCGAAACACCCACCAUUAUUGUUGGGUUAUGUCCGGAUAUGUGUCCUGAGUCAGAAAGGGCAGAAAGAGAAAGGAAAGGGGAUCUUGACCAUUAUGAGCGCUUGGAUGGAGAGAGAAAUCAAACCAACAAAUUUCUUGCUGUUAAGAAGUAUAAUAGGAUGGCAGAGAGGGAAGCAAACUUCAUACGUCCCUUGCCAAUCCUGCAGAAGACUAUUGAUUAUUUGAUCAAUUUGCUCGAUCGGCCUUAUGAUGAUAACUUUCUUGGCAUGUAUAACUUCUUAUGGGAUAGGAUGCGAGCAAUCCGAAUGGACCUCAGGAUGCAGCACAUUUUUAGCCAAGAGUCUAUAACUAUGCUGGAGCAAAUGAUAAGGCUUCAUAUAAUUGCCAUGCAUGAGUUAUGCAAAUACAAAACAGGAGAGGGGUCAAUUGAGGGAUUUGAUGCGCACCUUAACAUUGAACAGAUGAACAAAACUUCAGUUGAACUUUUUCAAAUGUAUGAUGACCACCGGAAGAAAGGGAUUAAUGUGCCAACAGAAAAAGAAUUUCGUGGUUAUUAUGCACUUCUCAAACUAGAUAAGCAUCCUGGAUAUAAAGUUGAACCUGCAGAACUCUCACUGGAUCUUGCAAAGAUGACACCAGAGAUAAGGCAAACCCCAGAAGUGCUUUUUGCUCGUAAUGUAGCAAGGGCUUGUAGAACAGGUAACUUUAUUGCCUUUUUUCGGCUUGCAAGGAAAGCAAGUUACCUUCAAGCAUGCUUAAUGCAUGCUCACUUUGCAAAGUUACGAACCCAGGCACUUGCUUCUUUGCAUUCUGGUCUACAAAAUAACCAAGGUCUCCCUGUUGGCCUUAUUGCCAAGUGGCUUGCAAUGGAGGAAGUAGAAAAACUUCUGGAGUAUCAUGGCUUUGCCAUAAGGGAAUUUGAAGAACCAUAUAUGGUGAAGGAUGGCCUGUUUCUCAAUGCUGACAAGGAUUACCCAAUCAAGUGCUCAAACCUUGUUCAUAUGAAAAAAUCAAAAAGGAUUGUUGAUGAUGUUUCACCACCUUCUCAGAGGGUAACAUUGCCUGAUGCAGCAGCUAAAGAGAUACAGCCUCUUAUGAUCUACAAGCGUGAAACAAAGGCUGUUCCUUCUGCUUUUGUGGAUGCAAAGAGUUUUGCCAGUGAAAUUGAUGAAGAAAUUCCUGACUUUGAAGUUGUUGCAUCCCCAAGUAUUGGAGCACAGGUGGAUCCAAUGAACGAAGAGCCUUUGGUUAACCAAAUGAGUCAAGAUGAUCAUCAGGGAGCUAGUGCCUAUAUCUUUCCAUGGGGUGAAUCCUGGGCUCAUAGCUCCCCUGAAGCUCUGCCAGCUAAGCUUGGAAUUGUGGAGAAGCCAAACCACGAUGCUCUUUUCAUAGUCUCUCCUAAGAGAAAGAUGCCUUCUAGCAUGGAAGAAAUGUCGUUACCAAUUAUGUCAAGAACAGGUUUGCUAGAGAGAUCCCCGAGUGAAAAAUAUGGUUAUAACUGGGAGAACUCAACUUCCCAGAUUGUGGCUAUUAAUGAAUCAAGAGAUGAAGAACCUUUUGAUAUAAAUCAAGCAAGUGAAAAUGAUGAGGUUAUGGAAAGUAAUGAAGAUGAAGAAAUUGCUCAGGCAAAACUUAAGUUGAUUCUAAGGUUAUGGAGGCGGCGAUCUUUAAAGCGAAGGGAGUUGCGUGAGCAAAGGCAAAUGGCAGCAAAUGCUGCACUAAGUUCGUUGUCAUUGGGACCACCAAUUCGACAGGCCAGAGAUCAAUCUAUCACUGCUACUGUAUUUGACAUCAAUCAUGUCAUGAGGGAGAGGUAUGAAAAACAUGAACAAUCAUGGUCAAGGCUGAAUGUUUCAGAUGAGAUCGCAGAUGUUCUUAUCAGAAGAUACCCAGAUGCCAAAUGUCUCUGCUGGAAAAUUAUUUUAUGUUCUCAGAUCAACAACCAGGGAGACAGACUUGGGCAGAGAUGCCAGGUUAUGCAAGGGGCAGCUGACUCAUGGGUGUUUUCAAAGCUCAUGCCUUCUGCAAAAGAUAAUGAUGAUUGUGAUCUGCUUAUUUCAUCUCCUGGCCUGGCAAUAUGGAGAAAAUGGCUUCCAAGUCAAUCUGGUAAUCACGUAAACUGCUGCCUGGCAGUUGUUAAGGAUUUUAAAUUUGACAAUUUGAAUGAGAAAGUAGAUGGAGAAGUAGAUGGAGCAAGUGCGGUUAUCUUCCUUGUAUCUGAAAGCAUCCCAUGGAAUAUUCAAAAAAUCCAACUUCGUAAACUUCUAGCAUACAUCCCUUCCGGUUCCAAAUUGCCCCUUCUUGUCUUAAGUGGUUCAAAUUAUGAAGAGGAUGCGGAUCUUUCUUCUAUUAUAGUCAAUGAACUGGGCCUUCUGGAUAUUGACAAAUCACAGAUUAGUAGUUUUUCAAUUGUUUUCCUUACUGAAGACAAACAAGUGGAAAUGUGGGAUGGAUUUUUCAGUGACAUGCGAUUAAGGGAAGGACUACGGUGGUUGGCAAAUGAAUCACCAAGACAACCUGAUGUUCACUGUGUAAAAACACGGGAUUUGGUUCUAACCCAUUUAAAUCCUUUGUUGGAUGUCCUUGAAAACAUGAGGGAUAAUGAGGUAAGUCCAAACCAUUGUAUCUCAGCCUUCAAUGAAGCCUUGGAUUGGUCUCUGGGAGAAAUUGCUGCUGCUGCCAAAUCAAAUCCUACCAAUUGGCCUUGUCCUGAGAUUGCCUUGCUGGAGAAUUGCUGCGAUGAGCUAUUGGUGAUGAACUGGUACUUGCCAAGCAUAGGUUGGAGCUUGGCAGAAAGAAUUGAACCCUUUUUAAGUGCAAUAAGGGACUGUAAACUUCCUAAUUUUCCUGAUACCAUACCUUGGUUGAAUAAAGGUGCAAAUACGUUCAAUGAGAUUGAAGACCUGAGAUCUCAGCUUGAGAAUUGCUUUGUGACAUACCUGACUGAGUUAAGUGGGAUGAUGGGUAUUCUUUUAGCUUCAAAAGAGGCAUAUGUAAUGCUACAAAGAAGUGCUCGACUUGAGCUUCAUGACUCAAGCUACUAUAUAGUUCCCAAGUGGAUUAUGAUUUUUAGACGGAUUUUUAAUUGGCGAUUAACGAGUUUAUCCAGUGGAGCUUUCUCGUCAGCCUUCAUUUUAAGAUGUCAUGAUGUUGAUGCAGCUUCAAGAAUUCCCUAUGAGCUGCAGCUUGAAGGAGGGAGAUCUUUACCUUAUCUAAUUGAACCUACCCUUGAUGAAGUAAUUGAUGCUGGCUGCAGCCUCUUUAUGUCAGGAAGGUAUCAAGGACACACACAAACUUUUCAGCCUCUACCAAGGACAAUUUCAAAUGGUGAUGUUUGUAAGGACACUAACACGAGUGACUUGGUGGAUAACCAAAGAACUUCAGCACAAAAUGGCAAUUUGUGUGAGACAGAGAACAUUGAUCCUGUAAGUAAUCAAUUAAACACUACUGGUAGUGCUGAGGUUGUGUUUUCCAGGAAAGUAACCAAAGAAGCUGACAAAUUAAGCAAGUUGUUGGAGCAGUGUAACGUAGUGCAAAAUUCAAUAGGUGAGAAGCUUUCCGUUUAUUUCUGAUAUUAGGCAACGAAUUUGGUUUCCCUGAACAUAUCCUUGAUUUUAAAAGGAGGGGAGGGUCUUGUAUCCCUAGUUCUGUACUAUACUUGCGAAUUGCCGUGUAUUUGUGAAAGAUAGUAGUAGAUAGUAGUGAAGAGCUCUGUUUAACUGCUCAAUUGCACUUGUGACGAUAUGUGUUGUUUUCCUCUUUGACAGGAAAAAAGAAAGGUUUUGCAAUAUUUGAACUUGUUCUAAAUACAAGACUAACAUUUAGUAACU